AUGCCGGGAGACGCCCGUACCCAGCGUGAAUACGAUGAGAGCCAUAUUAUUACAGCACGCAGGAUCGAACAGAGUCCUACGGGGGAGUAUCUGGUACCGGAUUCCGAGGAGUUGGGGUGUGUCAGAUACUGUGUGGUGUACGACUGCGAGACCAGCUCUUUGGAUUGCUGUGACUAUGAGGAAGAGGAGAAAGAAAAAGGGAGCAGUGCUUCUUCAGAGAUUGAAAACACUGACUCAAGUUCCAUAUGUUCACGGAAUGCUGAGGAAGGAACUGCCGUCCAAUACGCCAGAAGCUUCGAGCAGUUCACCCGCCAUCCCGUGCUCGUCCUGAGGGGAGGAUACAAGCGUUUUUCAGCUUGCUAUCAUUUUCUGAGGACUCAGAAGAUAUUGUGGAUGCCUCAGGAACUAGACAACUUCCAGCCAUACCCUGUAGAAAUACUGCCUGCAAAGUUAUAUAUGGGCAAUUUCAAGCAGGCCUGUGACCAACAAAUUCAGAAAGAUCUGAAGAUCAAAGCACAAGUCAACAUCUCUGAACAGCCUGCAAGACCGUUGGCCGAAGGGGGCAGAUAUCUCCAUAUAUCUGUUCCAGAUUCACUCGAAGCAGAUCUUUUUUCUUCCUUUGCCACCAUUUGUCAUUUCAUAGAUGCUCAGCUGGAUCGCGGAGCAGUGCUGGUGUUCUCCAGCCUGGGGAUAAGCCGGAGCAGCACAGUAACCAUGGCCUAUCUUAUGCAUUCCUGCCAGUUUUCCCUGAAGAGAGCUUGGGACUACAUUCUGAAAUGCAAAACGAACAUGAGACCACACCGGGGCUUUGUGAAACAGCUCUCAGACUGGGAGACCCAAAUCUACGGGACCACGAUCACAGACGUCUCUGAACCAAAUUACUGACAGGUAGCAAAGAGAACACCCAGCGGGGAAAGGCGCUUC